UCUUUUCUUUCAAAGACACAUCACCUGUAAUUUGCAUUUGGUGAGAGUAACAGCCUUCGUGAACUUUGACUGCAGGCUCAAUCCAAGAUGGUGGACGUCUUGCGGCGAUUUACUCUGUGCCGAUCAUGUGCUCUUUUGCGAAAAUUCGCGUGUGAUAUUCGCUUUUCUGGUAGCGUAAGAUAUCAUGGAAGCUGGAGCUAUAGGUAUCGGUUGAAUCAAGACGUACAGCCAAAAAGUGGCUAUACAGAACCAUCAAGACUUCCUGUUAUCCACCAUGAUCAGUAUUCAUGCCCAUUUCCUCCUCAACACAGAUUUAAGAUGGCCAAAUUUACCAAGCUGAUGGAGUGGUUGUUAAAGGACAAUGUCGUAAUACCCAAUCAAGUUUAUAGACCGUUUUUUGCCUCAUAUGAUGACCUUAUCAAAGUACAUACUCCAGACUAUGUUAGAAAUUUCUUACUAGGAACAAUUUCAGAAAGGGAUAUGAAACAGAUAGGGUUUCCCUGGUCCGAGGGACUGGUGAGAAGAACAAGGAUGGAAGUUGGUGGGACGAUAUUGACAGCUCGGAUUGCGCUGGAAUGUGGGUUAGCAUGCAGCACAGGAGGCGGUACACACCAUGCCUUUCCCUCCCAUGGCUCCGGCUUCUGUAUAUUCAAUGAUUUGGCAAUCACUGCAUCGUAUCUCCUGGAUAAUAACUUGGUUACACGUGUCAUGAUCGUGGACCUGGAUGUGCAUCAGGGAGAUGGUACUGCGUCCAUUUUCCAGAAUGAGCCAAACGUCUUUACUUUUUCUGCCCACUCUGAGAAAAACUUCCCACUGCGUAAGCAGACCAGUAAUCUGGACCUGAGUCUAGAGUGUGGCAUGGAUGACCUAGAGUACUUGACCACUGUGCGUGCACAUUUGACCUGGUUACUGGACAUGUGGAGGCCUGAUAUUGUGCUGUAUGAUGCUGGAGUAGACCCACAUGUAGAUGACGUGCUGGGCAGACUAAAGCUCACAGAUAAUGGGUUGUUUGAGCGUGACUUGAUGGUGUUGAGAAUGGCUUUACACAGGGGUAUCCCAUGUGCUACUGUGAUAGGCGGAGGAUAUGAUGACGACAUUGACAAGCUGGCCCUACGGCAUUCCAUCAUCCACAGAGCAGCAACCAAGGUCUGGUCUGACAAGUCUCCAUGAUGUUCUGCCCUCUUCCUCCACCGGAGCAUAAAGAACACUGUCAUAUGAGGAUGAUGCCAUGUUUUUCAGUCAGUUGCCAGGCGAGUGCUUGCAUGGUGGCAAGGGCAGAGCUAUACUCACCCCACCCGCACAGAAGAGCUUGAAAUUUAGGAAGGAUACAUGAAAGAGAUUGACAUCUGCCUCCCCAUGCAAAUCCAAGGAAUGAUUAAAACUAUGCCUCCCCUAGACAAAACUCCCUAACAACAAACUUGUUUUAAAAGUAUCAUUUUCUUUCCUCAUCUGCGGGCAGAGAGGGAUCGGGGAGAAAAAACAGAAGGGGCUUGGCACACACUCAUUCUUUAUUGAUGAAAAUCAUACCCUUCUAAAAUUCGUCUCCGUUAUUCUACUUCUUGUCUACCAUACUAUUUUGCAUUUGUCUAUUUCAAUGUGGUACCUUAAAUGAUCUAAUAAACACCUACUAUCUACCCCUC